AUGCGUUCUCUAUCAAUCCUCCCACUCACCCUCGCAACCAUAGUCGCUGCUCAAAAAGCAGGCAACCUAGUCCCAGAAGAACACCCCAAACUCUCUUGGCAAAACUGCAGCAAAUCCCCCAGCGGAACCAACUCCUGCUCCACAAUCGACGCAGAAGUCGUCCUCGACGCAGAAUGGCGCUGGAUCCGCAACGCAAACAGCAUCAGCAACUGCUACACCGGCAACCAAUGGGACCUCGCACAGUGCAACACAACCGACUCCUGCACAUCAACUUGUGCUCUCGAGGGGGCAGACGCGCAGAGCUACAAGGAUGGGUACGGCAUCACCACCACCGGUGGCAACACCCUGUCGCAGAAAUUCGUGACGUUGAAUGCCUUUUCUUCAAAUGUCAACUCGCGCGUCUUCUUGUUGGAGCCGGGUGGGGCGGAUCGGUAUCAGACUUUUGUGCUGAUGGGGAAUGAGCUUGCUUUUGAUGUUGAGCUGUCGUCUGUUGAGUGUGCUAUUAACAGUGCGUUGUACUUUGUGGCUAUGGAGGACGAUGGUGGCAUGGCUAGGUACCCUACCAACGAGGCUGGGGCGAGGUAUGGGACUGGGUAUUGUGAUGCGAGUUGCCCUAGGAGUAAUCGGUUUGUCGGGGGAAAGGCAAACGUCGAGGGCUGGGUACCUUCAGACACUGAUCAGGUCCGCGGAACGGGGAAGUACGGCGCUUGCUGUGCCCAAUUUGACGUCUGGAACUCCAAUGCUCACUCAUACUACAUGAUCUCAAAACCUUGCGUUGAUACAGGCUAUCAGGUCUGUCAGGCUCCGGACUGUGAUGUCGCCAACACGGGGGGUUCCGGUCAAGUUCUGUGUGAUAGGCUCGGAUGCGAUUACAGUCCAUACAGACUUGGCGAUAAGGAGUUCUACGGUAAGGGAAAGACGGUGGAUACGAGUAGAAAAUUCACUGUAGUCACCCAAUUCUCUGAAGACAGUGUCAAGCAAUUCUUCGUCCAAGAUGGGAAGAAAACCGAAACACCCGCGGCAUCUUACCCCGGGUUCCCAGACACCAGCGGACUGAGUCCCGACUACUGCGAAGCUCUGCCCACGAACUUUCAAGACCCCGAGUAUUUUGCCAAAGUCGGCGGCUACGCGCGUCACAACGAAACCCUACAACUCCCCAUGGUCCUGACAAUGUCCAUCUCGAAUGAUCACUGGGCCAACAAUCUUUGGCUUGAUUCCACGUUCCCGCCGGACCGUGCGGGUCUUCCGGGAGCGGAAAGAGGACCAUGUCCUUCAAACGGUAAUGGUCCCGAACCUCAAGAGGUUGAGAGAUACUAUCCCAAUGCCAAAGUUGCGUGGUCCAACAUUCGGUUUGGACCUAUUGGGACAACAUUGUAG